CUGAAAAGUGGGCCAGUGGAUGACAUGUUUGUCUGCUGUUUUUCGUUUUGCGAACAACUGAUAGUGGUUUUGCUUAUAUUUUGCACUUCCGAAGAUGUAAUCCCGAAUUUCGAUAUCAACCUAAAGAACUUAAUAUGCUGUUGUGCUGUCGCCGAAUCUCGAGUCCCGUCGUGCAUGCAUCGACGAGUUCGCGUGUGAUGCAGAUUUAGAACAGUGGCUCUCUUAGUUCCGACAGUCUGAAACUGAAAGGAAGAUCCAUUUGAAAUUUCUUAUUUGUCAGUGAAUUCGAACGCAUGCCACAUAUUCCCACGGAAAGGUUUCCCAAAGCACAGGGACCGGUGGCGAAAGCUGCAGACCCAGUUGCUAUCCAAAGAACAGACCUGCUGAAUAAAGAAUUGAAACGGGUUCGCGAAGAUGAAAUGGAGCGCACGGGCUUUCAGCCGACGGAGAACGAUGACAAGCGCGUCAAGUGGUUAAAUCGAAAGCUAAAAGAAACUGAGCGCGUCUGCCGGACUAAAACCUUGUCGGCGGAUACGGAGAAGACUGUGAAAAAACUUGUACAAGAACCGCGAGUUCUGUCUGGUUCGACUCGGGAACGAGCUACUGCCAAGAAAACCAUUCCGCAGCCCAGCACGUCUAAUGGAUUUCCUCGUCCCAAAAUUAGAGGCGGAGAGGCAUCAGGUGAUGACGCUGUUCAAGAAGUGCCCGUGCCCGCGAAGGUGAAAACGACACUUGAUGGACCUUCUUCAUCUGGAUCAAGCACCAGCAGCGGAGUGAAACCUGGUGCUGCAGCCACGAGUUUGAAGGAUACAACGAAUAAAAGCCGACCACCAGCUAUUGUUAAAAUCGCUGCUUCAAAGAUGCAGCUAACGUCCACGCCAAAACGCGCUCGCCUUGAAACUACUGAUCUUCCAUCGCUCACGGUCAGCCCGAUUAAAGAUUUCAGUUUGGACGGGGCACAGGGAAAUGAUUCGACGGGUUUCUCUGCUUCAUCCAGGGAUCUUAAUAAUACGCUUGUUUUGGGCACUUCCCUUCAGCGCGUAAUGGAUGGUACGGUGGGUCGCAGAUCUUCGGAACAGAUUGCAGUGGAAGGCCCAAGCCGGGAUAGGGCGACGGGAACGGUGAAAACGCCUUCGGAGAACGAUGCAGCAAAAUCAAGCACGAUCGAACCGAUAGUGAAGCAAGAACUGAAUCGCAGCAUUUUGAAUGUUUCCAGCGCUUCUCAAGUGGUUGUUUUGGAAAUGGCUAUGGAUGUUGAUAUCCAUGACGUGAGCCUAAAUAGUGUGGGCGCUGUCGUGGAAAGUGAUGCUUCGGUAGAUGAACCCAUGGAUUUGGGUACGAGUGACGACGUUUUGCCAGAUCAGCGAACGACAGCAUUCCCAAAGCAGGCCGAAAAUGCGCUUCCCGAGCGAGCAUCACCCGCGGAACUCAGCCUUGUCUCAAAUCAGUCUUCGAAAACAAUAGAUAGUUCUGCUCCCGCAGUUUUGUCCUCACGUGAAAUGGACGUUGUACUGCUGCCAGUCCUGCGAAAAGCAACAUCUGUGGAAAAUAUUCCGCAUCAACCUUUGGAAAAAAGCGUUUCUCUAACUCCAGUGAUAUUGUCCUCACAUGAAAUGGAAAGCGUACCACUGCGUAACAUAGAGCCUGCAUCGGUGCCGACGGCACCUGUUGGAGUUUUGACUGGACAGUCGCAGAUACCACCAGUACCCGUUAUUAUUGAAGAAACGAUCAAGUUUUCUUUCGGAAAACAUGAACCAGUUAUCUGCACCAAAAGAACGGUCGUUCAGGCACCGAUAACGGCCGAAAAUCCUGAUGUGAUCUCAUUUUGUUUGAAUUUUCUGCGCCAGUGUGGAUCUCUUAAUGGUAUGGAACUGAUUAUCCCGGAGGAGCAGACCGGCAGCGAUAAUGGAGAUGUAUUGCCGUCAUCUGGUGCUCAUGCUCAAGAACUCCCGCAAAAUUUAGUUAAGUUUGCAAAUUCGGCAUCUCGAAACAAUGGCGAUGACGGAACUGUAAAUAAAGCCGAUGCCGAAGUAUUAUCGUCGAAGGAAAACCACAAUGUUCCUGACUUAGCGAUCUCGACAGAUGAUCUCACCGUGAUAGUUGAGAAAAGCUCUCCGGAUUCGGAAAUGCCUGAUCUUGAAUUAGAAGUUUUGGCGCCUCCAGCACCGCCAACUUCGGAAGAUUUUGCCGAAUACGGUGCUGCUCACAACGCCGACACUUUAAACAACGAGAAGAGAUCGAAUAUAACGGAAGCCAAGCAAAUGAAGUCAGCAUCUCGUCAGCGAUCCGGUGCUUCUAAAAUGUCCACUGGAAUUAUGCCAGAACUGCAUGGUGAUGAUGAAUUCGCUAAACUUUUAAAUGCUUUACUGGACAAGAACGCUACUGAAAAGCAGUUAGAUGAUCUCGAUUUCCAGAAGGAAUCCUUAUUUAAAAAGAAGGAAACGGUAUCGGCUGCCGUGAAAUCUUUGAAAUACGUUUCCGAUAGUGACGAAGAACUCAGCAGCGGCGAGGACGGUGAUUGUAACUCAGGAGAUAUCGCACAAGUGGUCAAUGAAAUUUUGGCUACCCCACACGAUGCAAAUGCUGCAUCUACUGAGAAGACUGAAACAGAGAGGCGCGAGAAUCCCGAUGGAAGAAAAAGACAAGCGAAGAAAUCGCAAGCUGCUGCGUUACUUGACAGUUUUUUCGAUGAUAUCUUGAAAACGGCGGGUGAUGUUGAGAUGGAAUCGGACGGAUUCUCAGAUUCAGAGGAAUCAGACGAUUUAAAAGUCGAACAUCCGCAUUUGCCGUGCACACAGGAAUGGUCGGAGGAAUCUCUGCUGGGGGACGAAAUCGAAUUGGAUUCUGAUGUGGAUGAACUUGUUAACAAUGCUAUGAAGGAUGUGCAAGAAGCAGAAGAUGCUAAAAAAGCCCGUUUGAAGGCCGAGCGGAAAAAAGUAAAAGAUGAUGCAGCAGUAAACGGAAGCGUUGCUGAAAACAUGGAAGAUGGAAAGUCUGACACUGACAGUGACGAAGAAUCCGGUUUUGAUGAUUCCGAGAAAGAGGAAGAAGAGGAAGAAAGUGGUAAACAAACCACAGUGAUUCCGGAGAACAAUAAAAAACAACCCGAAAUCGCUGCCGAAGAAAAUGGAAUGUCGGAUGCGGAUAUUUUUGCCGGCUUGACUGAACUGUUUGGAAAAGACCCUGCAGCGGAUGAAAUCAAACGACGUGAGAAGUCCGACAAAAUCCGCCUUUCUGCUACUAAAUCAAAGGAAGAUUCGGUUAUUGUCGUCCACUCCAGGAGUAAUUCUCCUAAGAAGCUAGUCAAGACUGGAACUGGAAGUUCGCCAAAGAAAUCGGUGAGGGAACCCUCUGUAAAAGAAAUUUCUACCGAUGAAGACAAAGAGAACAGCACAUCUGGAGAAUCGGAUGAUGAUUUCGGUGCCCCUGUGACACGAAGUCCCAAAAAAUCAUCCUCCGGAAAAAACAGAUCACGCUUGGAAUCGGAUUCCGAUUACGAACCGGACAAAGACAGUGAUGGUGGUGGCGGAGAUAUUGAAAUGAUAGACUUAAGUUCUGAGGAUUCUCGAUGUGAAGAGGAAGACGUGACGGAUUCAGAUACUUCUGUAAGUAAUAUGCCAAACUUCAACAGCCAUGUGGUGAAGGAGAAACCGCUUUCUCAGACGUCCAAAAAGAAAAGGUUACCGGUUCGCAGCAAAGUUAAAAUUAUAUCAGACAAAGAUUUGUCAAAAGAGAGUAGAAAUGCUCUUAAGGCGGAGCAGGAGAGGAAGAAACGACUGGAAGAAUUACCAAUGUACGAAGGCAAUAUUCUGGAUGAAUUUGUGGAAGAGGAAAUACCUUAUCGAGUCGAAGUCUACGAACGGUUAUGGAACAAGCUGGAGGAGCACCAGAAAAGUGGUGUUAAAUUCAUGUACAGGAACGUUAUUGAAUCAUACAAGUUUUCUUGUGAGCAUCCAUUUGGUGGCUGCAUUUUGGCGCAUUCUAUGGGACUUGGGAAAACGGUGCAGGUUAUAUCUUUAAUGCAAGCGAUUCUUUCCAAUAAAGUUCUCAAUCUUGAGACUUGCUUGGUCUUGUGUCCUGCUUCCACUAUUGGAAAUUGGGAAAACGAGUGUGUCCAAUGGAUGAAAGGUAUCCCGAAAGAUCUGACGAUCAAGGCAUAUACGUUCACAGAAUAUAAAACUCCGGUUGCAAGGCUGAAAUUAUUGAAAACCUGGAAAUCAAACGGUGGUCUUCUGAUGAUGUCGUACAUGAUGUUUUCAACAAUGUGCAAAGCGGGUGCCCCUUUGUCCGAAGAAUUCCGCAAAUUUUUGCUGGAGCCGGGACCCGACAUUGUGGUUUGUGAUGAAGCGCAUGAGUUACGGAAUUCAAAAUCCUUAAAAACGAAAAUAAUUACGGAAAUCGCAACCACGGCGCGCAUAGCAUUGACGGGGACACCUUUGCAAAAUAAUUUAGACGAAUAUUGGACAAUGGUGAAUUUUAUUAAGCCCAGCCUUUUGGGCUCCAGGAAAGAGUUUCAGAACCGAUUUUCGGUCCCUAUCAAGGCUGGUUCUAGAAUGGAUGCUGAGGUUCAGACGAAAUCAGUCAUGAAGAAGCGGAGUCACGUCUUGCGGGAGACCCUGUCGGCUUGUUUGCAACUGAGAGGUGUUUCCAUUCUCACUGAACGUCUUCCUGCUAAGACCGAGCAUGUUAUUCGUGUCCGAUUGACCGCUGAACAGGAAGCGCUUUACCGCGCGUAUAUCAAGGAGUCCGGCAUUGCAAAUGGUUACAAAGGCGGGCAAGUAUUGUACUGCGUGAAGAGUGUGCAGCUCAUCAGCUUUAAUCCACGGUGCGUCAAAAAGGAUCUGGACAACGAAAUUCGUAAGGCUAAAAAAGGAUUUGAACAAAGGAAGCACCGUGCAUCACGACAACAGGACGGUGACGGAGCUGAAAGCGAUUCCGAUGUAUCCGAUGUGGAAGGUCAGAAUGCCGCUGCACCGCUUAAAUUUUGGUUUGACAAUUUGCUGCCAUCUGCGGAUGAGCUGGACGUGACACUCGGUUCCAAAACUCUGAUCCUGCGGGAAAUCAUCGUGCAGUGUCUCAUCAAUGAAGAAAAAUUGUUGAUUUUCUCAGACCGAAAAGUUGUCCUUGCGGUUGUUGAAGAGCUUUUGGAAAAGAUCCACUGCGAAAAAUUGCUGACUUUAAAUGGGAGAGAGAUCCAGAUGCUUCGUGGAGUAAAUUAUUUGGCUUUAGAUGGCAGUGUGCCCCAAGAGAAACGGCAGGGCUUGAUUAACAAAUUCAACUCUAAUCGAAACUGUUCUAUUUUUCUUCUGUCGAUCAAAGCAGCUGGUCAAGGAAUCAACCUUACUGGAGCCAAUCGCGUCGUACUUUUGGAACCUAUGUGGAAUCCAACUGUAGAUCGUCAGGCAUUGUUCCGCACUUAUCGUUAUGGCCAAACGAAACCUGUGCAUGUUUAUCGGCUCGUCACUGCUGGUAUUUGCGAAGAAAAGAUUUUUGAAAUCCAAGUUGACAAGCAAUCGAUGUUUAACAGAGUGCUGGAAGAAAAGCAUGCUAAACCUCUUAAUUGCCUCGGUGAAGAUUUCUUCACAUACAGAGAGCAUCCGUUUGAGACUGCGUUUGUUCCGCCAUUGCCACCUAAUGAUAAGGUCAUGCAGAUAUUGCUGGAAAAGUUUACGAAAGAAAUUGUCAGAACGGAAAAUUUCGACUCUUUGUUGGAACCUGUAGAGCCUUGCUUAUCGUUUGAAGAGCAGCUGGUGGCCUGGGCUGAAUUUGAAAUUGAAGAACGUGGACCAACUGAUAUACUCAGAACGGCCGCGAUUGAUAGGGAACGAGCCGUGAAUGAAAUUAACAAACAGAAUGUUGCACCUUUUGAGUUGGUUGUUAACGAUAUUGCGAGUGUUAAACAUCUCGUAUCAUCUCUUACUCGUAACCUCUGGAAAAAGAACAAAAACAAAGAAAAUGAGAAUGGAGGAGAUGUUUUUAUCAAAAUUUAUCGGCCGAUAAUCGAGAAAGUCUCGGAAAUUGUGGAGCGACAGAUGCAUCUAGAGCGCGAAGCAUACAUGCAGAAUAACGCACAAGCUUACUCGAAUAUGUCGGCUAACCCGUACUAUCAUCCACGCCCUCCUGCACCGGGCACUACGGGUCCCAAUUUUCACGGAUCUGUGCGGGACAUUCAUGCUUAUUACGGCAUAAAUGAAGGAGCCAGUACAUCGCAGGGAGUUACUUCGAACCGGCCGAAUCAUCCUGCCGUUUCCUUUAAACGCCCACCUGCACCAGCUCGUAAUCCAGGAAAUUCCGUGAAUGAUAUUUCCAAUAAUGUGCAGCGCAGAGCCCAGUUGAUUGCACCUCAGCCGGUUGUUCCGGGUAUGCCCAUUCCUGAUCGCCGUCCACCGCCUUAUACGAAUAUACAACCAGCCGGCCAGCAGAAUGUAAGACCGCCGGCAGGUCUACCGCCUGCUCCUCCACUUCGUCUGCCUCCUUUGUAAAGAUGUAGGAUGGUUUCAACUUUCACGUGAGCAGAAUUGUUGGAAGAUAAAUAAAGGCCUAGUUAACAUCUUCCAGUGGAAACGCCGAAGUUGCCAUACUGAACUGCCACAGCGCCCCUGCCAGUGGGUGUUGGAUAGUGAUAAGAUGUUGCUCUGUUGUUUUUUGUAUCACUUGUAACGUGCGUUUUGUUUCCAUCUUUCGUUCCUCAUCGUUGCUUAUAGCGCUAACUGACUAAUAGUUCAUACAUGUGAAAAAAUCCAAUCGAAUUAAAAAUCUUUAUGAUUGUUGAA